AUGUUAGGUAGGGGGCCCCUGUGCUGCGGGAACAGAGGGAAGGAAGCCAGUGUGCUAAGGCCUCCUGGCCCCCUGGUCCUCAGCACUUCAGAUGACAACCUCCUUAAGAACAUUGAGCUGUUUGACAAACUGGCCCUGCGCUUCCACGGGCGGCUGCUUUUCCUCAAGGAUGUCCUGGGGGACGAGAUCUGCUGCUGGUCCUUCUACGGGCAGGGCCGCAAAAUCGCCGAGGUGUGCUGCACCUCCAUUGUCUAUGCCACGGAGAAGAAGCAGACCAAGGUGGAAUUCCCAGAGGCCCGGAUCUUUGAGGAGACCUUGAACAUCCUGAUCUACGAGACUCCCCGGGGCCCAGACCCAGCCCUCCUGGAGGCCACAGGGGGUGCAGCCGGAGGUGGUGGGGCAGGCCGAGGGGAGGAUGAGGAGAACCGAGAGCACCGUGUCCGCAGGAUCCAUGUCCGGCGCCACAUCACCCACGACGAGCGUCCUCAUGGCCAACAGAUUGUCUUCAAGGACUGACCUCUGACCUUUCUGUGUUCUUCCUGCCACUGGAACGCAGUUCCUCUCUCUUUCCCUCCCCUUCCCAGACCUUUGCCCCGGCUUUGCUGGCCAAGUCGUGGGUCCUCCUUCUGUCCCUUCAUUGCAUGGUACAGUUCCCUGUGGCCCUUUUCCAUUCAUUCCCACCUCACUGCUAACAACACGGUAUGUUCCAGCCCCUUCCAUCAGUCAGAACCCUUCAGAAGGCCUGUUCCCUCAUCCCAUCCUUGUCUUGCUAUCUUCCUCACCAGCUGGUUUAGAAUGAUUUAGAAUUCCCCUUUUCUCUUUCUCUCUCUCUUUUUUUAGCACAUCGUACAUGCCAAAGUGUCAAGCCAGCCCUUACGGACACCCACCAUGUUCUGAGCCGCCUCCCCACCAUUGUGCAGGGUAGUUUCCCUCCCUCCUCCUUCCCCCACCAGUCCCCCCCACCGCUUUGACUUUGUACUAGGCUGGCCUGGGCUUGCACCAGCUCAGCCAUCUUCUCAAUCUAUUACAUAUUAUUUAUUUUAAUUUUCUAUUAAAUUAUUGGAAUAAAGUUGAGCUGAGGGUCUGGUGCUGGCUCCGGGGGAGAGGGUCAAGGAGAUGGCUUGUGUUAAGGAGGUACUUGGCUAGUUGGAUGGGAGAGGACAGGAGCUCCCGCCCCAAGCCUUUUACUGGGCUGGUAGCUGGAUGAAGGAGUUAGGAGAGGACUUAAAAUCUGUAUUUCAGUGUAGGCUGGCCAGUUCCCACCCUCAGCCCCACCCCACCCCCUGCAGCGGAGAGGAGGUCCUGGCUACCACUCAAGCCAUCCCUGGGUAGUGCAGCACCUCUCCAGCCCAGGUGUCUGAAGGGAGCCCCUUCCUUCAAGGGUCUGGUGCGAAGACAAAGUCAAGGGCCUGGCGCUCGGCCCCGGCCACGUUGGGGUGCCAAAGGUCCACGAUGAAGACCACCCGAGGCCCGUCUUCGGGAGAGCCUAGGGCAAAUGGGGAUGGAGACAAGAGAGUGGCUGACAUUAACUACUUAUCUGCCAGAGUACUCACCACAUACUCAUAACAGCCGGCACUUGGCAAUUAAGUACCAGGCUCUGUUCUAACCCCUUAUAUGUGUUAACUCUUACUGAUCAAAACAAACUGCAAGUCAGUACCAUGAUUAUUCCCAUUUUUAUACAAAGUAACUGAGGCACAAAGAGGUUAAAUAACUUGCCCAAGGUCACACAGCUAGUAAGUGCCAGAGGUAGGACAGGAACCCGGGUGGUCCAGGCCCAGGGCCUUGUUAACCACUUUGCUGUGCACCUCCAUGACCUCAUUUAAUCCCUGCAGUCACCUGCUAAAGAAGGUGGUCGCCCUACUUCACAGGUGUUGGGGGAAGUUAUAUGACUUGUUCAAGGUCAUGCAGCUGGAAGGUGGUAGUGCUAGGACAGGGAGCCAGUUGCACCUGAAUCCGCAGCCUCUAUUCCCCUCCACUCAGUCUCUCUUUCCUCCUAACAGAACUGGAGCCCAUUACCAUUAUGAGCCACUGUGUUCAGGAAGGAGUCGUCCACCAGUAGACAGUGUCCCUCAGCCCAGCACUGGGGCUCGCCCCCGACCACGAGCUCACAGCCGGGAGGAAUCUUCAGGCCUGUGGAAAGAGAUCCAGGCAUCCAACACCCCCGCCUCCAUCAAAGGGGCCCACCCUAUUCAGUCAAAAAGCAGCUUGAAGGUCUUCAAACGCCCCAUGUACUGUCCCUCCUUGCUCUCUGGAAGGUGUCCCAGAUGUAAUUACAAUAUAGUAGCAGAUGAGAGAAGUGCUGGGAGAUAAGGGAAAGGCAGUGCAAAGCACAGUCUACUGUUCCAGAGAAAAGGGAAGGCUUCCUGGAGGAAGCGGCAUCUCUUCUUGGGCUUCUGCCAAUUUAGUUCAAGAACCUACUUACUGUGUGCUCGGCCCUCAUUAGUAUAAAACUAAUGGAUCCAUUUUGGCCCCAGGACCACAACACAGGAAAGUGCUUUGAGAAACCUGAGCAGCCAACUCAAAUGAUGGGGAAUAGGGGGACCCCCCCAGAGGAGGUGUGGCACUUGAAAGUGGGAGUCCUGAAGAUUGAGUAGUUUUCCAGGAGGUGAUAGGUGAUAAGGAGGAAAGACAUUCCAGGCUGAGGAUCGAGUGUGGCAUCUGCCAGGGUCAACCAGAAGGCUCUCCUGAUCUGAUGUGUGGUGGGAGGGAAGGGGAGGAAGGGAACAGCUGGGAGAUAAGGUGAGAAAGAAUCUGGACUUGAUCCUGAAGCCAGUGUGCUUUGAAGUGAAGGACACAUCAAACUGGUGGCACAGGAAAUGAUUUUAGGCAACACAAGGUUUUAACCCUGCAUUAAAUAACAGAGUUGUUUCCUUUUCCAUUGUUUCUCAGUCUUUAAAACAUGAAGAAGGGAAUCUCAGUUUGGUGCCACCAUAACUUUAACACCCCCCUAACACCACUCCCUUCUAAAGGAAGAGAGGGUAGGCUUCAGUCUCAGACUGGAGUAUUUAACUAGAAUUUUUAAAGCUUUUUUUUUUAAGUUUAAAUUUGUUUUUAUGGGUACUUUCUAUUUUAGUGCAAGUAAUACUGAUUAUCAUUGUUCUAUAAAGAUUCCUUUUAAAUAAAUAAGUGAAACAAAAUGUAAGGGGAAUCAGUAUCAAGAAACAUAGUCCAGGUGGUAAAUGACCAUGACAAAGCUUAUGAAGAUGGUUGGCAGGUAAUCGAAGCUUAGGAAAUGCUGCUGUGGGCAGCAGGGAGUCACGGAAGACUUCCGAGAAGACAGGCAUGAUCAGAAGCACAGUGUAGAAAGCUCUGGUGGCAGAGAAGACAGUCUGGAGGAGGAAUCAUGGAGGCAAGGAGGUUGUC